UCAAGUGUGCCAACUGUCGUAAAAGCACAUGGAAGAAGGACAAAGAAGUGAAGGCGGACGCUAAUAAGUUAGUGUUGUUAUUUGUUCGCUAUGAUGUAAAUAUUUAUGUCGUAAAGAGACAUAUUUAAUUAUUUAUUUCAGGGUAGAACGUCUCAGUCUGCGAGAAUCUUUUCGUUACUUUGCUAGUCAGGACUAUAAAGCUGAGAAGCGUCACGUGCUAGUUAGCUUAGCUUGUUAGCUUAGCCUGUUAGCUGCUAACAAAGAAACGCGGACGUUAUCAACACUUCGCUAAGUAGAAAUCAAAUGUGAGUGUAAAGUGUUGUGAUUGUGUGAAAAUGUGCGAAAGAAUGGGAGCAAAGUGUGAGGAGGAACUUUCCAAAAGAAAAGAGGAGGACAAUCAACUACUGGACGCUGUUUUCAAGAAACAUCAAGUUGUGUUACACAUAAAAGACGUCCAGCAGGUGUCAGCAGAGAGUCAUGAAGAGAUUCCCUCUAAGCAGCAGGAGUGGAGCUCCAGUGUGGGACAGAAGGAGCUACAGGCCCCCUCCCACAUUAAAGAGGAAGAGGAGGAACUGUGGGAGCAGCUUCAAAGGUUGGUGGAGGAUAAUGAUGAAGCUGAAGCUCAGUCCUUACAGCUUCAUCACAGUCAAAGUGAGGAGAACAGAGGGGCGGAGCUUGUAAGUCAACACAUCACAGAAGCUGAUGGAGAGCAUUGUGAAGAUAUAAAGUCACAACCAGACAGCAUCUUUGCUCCACUGUCAGACAUGGACCACACGAUGUCACACUCUUCUGAUCACAGUGACCACAUCCAAGAACCUUUGGAGAGUAAAAAUUACUUUAAAGGUGAUACGAGACAUCACACUAACAACAAACACUUUGACUGCUCUGAAUGUGGGAAAUCAUUUAGACUGAAGACUGAUUUUACAAGACACAUGAGAAUACAUACUGGAGAGAAACCUUUUACUUGCUCUGUUUGUAAAAAAAAGUUUCUCCACAAAGCAACACAUGACCACACACAUGAGAACACACACUGGAGAGAAACCGUUUACUUGCUCUGUUUGUAAGAAGAGUUUCUCCAGAAAGUAUAACAUGUCCUCACACAUGAGAACACAUACUGGAGAGAAACUUUUGUCUUGCUCUGUUUGUAAGAAGCGUUUCUCCACGAAGCAACAUAUGAUCACACACAUGAGAACACAUACUGGAGAGAAACCUUUUACUUGCUCUGUUUGUAAGAAGUGUUUCUCCAGAAAGCCUGACAUCUCCACACACAUGAGAACACACACUGGAGAAAAACCUUUUACUUGCUCUGUUUGUAAGAAGACUUUCUCCACAAAGCCUAAGAUGUCCGCACACAUGAGAACACAUACUGGAGGGAAACCUUUUACUUGCCCUGUUUGUAAGAAGCAUUUCUCCACAAAUCUUGUCAUGACCAGACACAUGAGAACACACACUGGAGAGAAACCAUUUAGUUGCACUGUGCGUGAUAAGAUGUUCUGGCAUAAGUAUCAGGUCAGUAAACACAAGUGUGUAACAGUCAUGGAAGCUGCAAGGAUUUAAAAACACUUAGUGAUUGUGCUAAAUGUACUUUAAAAACACAGCAUGUUUAAUAUGAAUGUAUAUUUGAUGUUGUAUGUAGUGCCUCUCAUCUUCUACUGUUAAAUUUAAAGGCCUACUGAAAGCCACUACUACCGACCACGCAGUCUGAGAGUUUACAUAUCAAUGAUGAAAUAUUAACAUUGCAACACAUGCCAAUACGGCCUUUUUAGUUUACUAAAUUGCAAUUUUAAAGGAGAACAUUAUCACCAGACAUAUGUAAGAGUCAAUAUAUACCUUGAUAUUGCAGAAAAAAGCCCAUAUGUUUUUUUAACGGAUUUCCGAACUCUAAAAGGGUGAAUUUGGCGAUUUAAACGCCUUUCAAUUGUUCGCUGUCGGCGCAAUGACCUUUCACCUGUGACGUUAGAACGGGAAGCAAUCCACUAUUUUCUCAAACACAUUACACACACAAGUCAAAUCAGCUCUGUUAUUUAUUUUUUUUUUACUACUGUUUUCCGUCCCUUGGAGACAUCAUGCCUCGUCGGUGUGUUGUCGGAGGUGUAACAACACGAUCAGGGACGGAUUCAAGUUGACUUACGUGGCGUGUGCAUCGAUUAGCAUGGCAUGCUAAUCGAUUCUACCAUGCUAUUUAGGCUAGCUGUAUGUACAUAUUGCAUCGUUAUGCCUCAUUUGUAGCUAUAUUUGCAUCCAGCCUUUCCCUCCACCCACAUUUAAUGCCAAACAAACACAUACCAAUCGACGGAUUCAAGUACACCAAAGGUCAAAAGAUGCGAAAGUCCCUUGUUUGUUCUGCACUUUUUACCGACGACAGCUAUGCUACGACAGAUGGCACAGAGAUGUGUGGAUAUCCUACGACACUCAAAGUAGAUGCAUUUCCAACGAUAAAGUCUACGAAAUCCCAAAGGUGAGUUUUGUUGAUGUUAUUGACUUAUGUGCUAAUCAGACAUAUUUGGUCACGGCAUGACUGGUAGCUAAUUGAUGCUAACAUGCUAUUUAGGCUAGCUGUAUGUACAUUUGUAGCUAUAUUUGCCUGCAGCCUUUCCCUCCACCCACAUUUAAUGCCAAACAAACACUUACCAAUCGACGGAUUUAAGUUGCUCCAGUGGUCAAAAGAUACAAUCGUCGGUUAGAAGGUGAUCGCCGAAUAGCUUCAAUAGCUAUUCACUCAAAAGCUUCAGUUUCUUCUUCAAUUUUGUUUUCGCUAUCUGCCUCCACACUCCAACCAUCCGUUUCAAUACAUGCGUAAUCUGUUGAAUCGCUUAAGCCGCUGAAAUCCGAAUCUGAAUCUGAGCUAAUGUUGCUAUAUCUUGCUGGUCUAUCCACCAUGUUUGAUUGUAUUGGCAUCACUAUGUGACGUCACAGGAAAAUGGACGGUGGAUUUACAGAUAGCGAAAAUCAGGCACUUUUAAGCCUUUUUUCGGGACAUUCCAUGAUUGGAAAAAUUUGGAAAAAAACUUAGAAAAAUAAAAUAAGCCACUGGGAACUGAUUUUUGUUGGUUUUAACUCUUCUGAAAUUGUGAUAAUGUCCCCCUUUUAUAUGAAUGUAUAUUUGAUGAUGUAUGUAGUGAUUCUCAUCUUCUACUGUUAUAUGUUGUCCUGGAGUUUUUAAGUUGUGUGCAUGUAUUGAAUAUCGUAUAUGUAGCUACUAAUUUAUUUGAUUUUCUCAUUGUCAUCUUUAUUUCACAAAAUGUGGACUCUAGUAGAUUAGCAGCAUUGUUACAUCAUGGAUGUUAACUACUGCAAAACAUCAACAAAGAAGAAAAAGGUUAGCAACACAUCACUGAACUUUAGAGCCAUCGUGAGUGGAGUUGCUUGUUUUUAUUGCUGCAUUUGUACUUAUUUCACCUCACAUCUUCACUUUCAACUCUAAAGUCUUCUUCAAAUAUAUUGUUGUAUGCUUCUAAGAUUGAAGUUUAUUAUGUGUGUGUAGUCUGUGGAAAGGGUUGUUAUCCCUUGUGGAUCCAUUUGUUCACCUGAACAGAUACAACAACAUCAUCAUCAUCAUUAUCAAAAUACAGAUUUAAGCACUGUAUUAGAGUGCCUCUUGUAGUACUCCAACUCGCCACACUGAGAAGUGGGGGCGAUCGUGAGCUAGCAGAUGAAUGUUGCUAUCAUGUUUUAUCAGCGAGGAA